CCCAGUCUCCACCGCAAUAAAACAUAUCCUCCUUUGUCCUUGCCGGGACCAGUUUUCCCGUUCCCGCCGCCGGAUUCUCUCGCCGGCCGAUCCAGAUCCUCCUUCUCCUCCUUCUUCGUCUUCUUCUAUAUUGUCUGCAAACACCCUUAACUCUCCAGAUCGUCUCGGAGGUUCCAGCAAUGGAUCAUCAAUGGCGUCCAAGACCAAUGCAAGGCAGCAUCUGCCCCGUCUGCUGUGUCCCCCACUUCCCAUUUUGCCCUUCGCCGCCCUCCUUUGGCCAAAGCCCCAGCUUCCCACUACCUCCAGGCCACCAAAGACCGGGAUUCGGCCCUUACCCGCCCCACCCAUGGAGGGGCCCGAGCGACGGGGUCGGCGAAGCGAGGAAUUGGCACCCGUACCCCAACCCAGGGAUGGAUGCCUACGGGCAGUUCCCGAUUCGUCCUCACAGCGAGAAUUUCGUGCCGGUGCCUCGUACUGGUGGUGGGAGCAAUGGGUUUGUCGGCGAAGCUGAGAGGAACUACAAAAGGAUGCGGACAGACAGUCGGGUUGCCACCGAAGAUGAGCGGAGGUUGAAGCUAAUCCGCGAACACGGGGGAGGUAACAGUGGCUCUGGUCUUGAGGUAGCUAGAUUAGGUAGUGAUGAUUCUUCUCCGGGUGCUGAAUUGGCCUCAGCAGACAAGGAGACUAGUAGAUUAGCUGAUACUGUGUCCGGUAGGAACGUGUCUUUUGUGUCUGGGGAGGAUGGUUUUGGCGUCGAAACACAAUCCUCCUUGCAAGUUUCACAGAAGCCACUGAGUAAUGAAUAUAGUAGUGGUAUCUCAAGGGACAAUUUUGUUUCGAAUUUUCGGCCCCAACAACCUUAUAGAUUGCCGUUUCCUGGUAUUGAUGUGAAGCAGUCGUUUGAUGGUACUCAUGAUCCGUCUGAUUAUCGAUAUUUCCCAGGAAUCACUCAAUAUGCUGCUCCUAGUUUAAAAGCUCAUUCCCUGCCGCUACCUAGGAUGUCUAGUUCUUUGUUCCCGGUUCAUGUCAAUACAUCAGGAACGCCGCUUUCUUAUCCUUCUGCACCUGAAACUAUCCCCGUUCAAUCUUAUCAUCAUUAUAAUAAACAGCUUCCAAAUGCUCCUAAUGGAUUUACUCACGAGGAAUAUGGAGCUGCAAAAGAGGAUUUCUCUAUGCAGUACAUUGGCAACACUCCUCCUCAUCCUCAUCCUCAUCCUCAUCCAUCACAGCAAUUACCUUCACAGAAGCCAAAAGUCAUUGAUGCUUCCCACAUAUUUAGGCCACCAAAUCGAGCUGCUCGCCCUGAUCAUUUUGUUGUAAUCCUUAGAGGGCUUCCAGGUAGCGGAAAGACCUACUUGGCUAAAAUGUUGCGCGACCUUGAGGUUGAAAAUGGCGGUGCUGCUCCACGCAUAUACUCCAUGGAUGAAUACUUUAUGACUGAAGUUGAGAAGGUGGAGGAGGUUGAUUCUUCAAAGUCAUCAGGGAAUGUAAGAGGCAAGAGACCUGCAACAAGGAAAGUGAUGGAAUAUUGUUACGAACCUGAAAUGGAGGAGGCUUAUCGUGGGAGCAUGUUAAAAGCAUAUAGCAAGACUGUUGAAGAGGGGGUAUUUACUUUCAUUAUUGUGGAUGACCGCAAUCUGCGGGUAGCUGAUUUUGCUCAGUUUUGGGCAAUUGGAAAGAAAUCUGGCUAUGAAGUGUACGUUCUAGAAGCCACAUAUAAGGACCCGGAGGGCUGUGCUGCGAGGAAUGUGCAUGGUUUUACCCUUGAUGACAUCCAGCAGAUGGUUGGAAAGUGGGAAGAAGCUCCAGCCUUAUACCUCCAACUUGAUGUCAAGUCUCUAUGCCAUGGAGAUGAGCUGAAGGAAAGUGGGAUUCAAGAGGUGGAGAUGGACAUGGAAGAUGAGGACGAUGAAGGUCCUUCUGCAAUAGAAGGAAAGUUGCUUGAAAAGUGCAAUGAUGCUCCUCUGGAUGAUGAUGCUCCAUCAGAAGAUCAUCCGAAGGAGGGGGAGGGAUGGGAAGUUGAAGGAGACCAUUCCAAAGUAGUACGAGACUUGGGUCGGAGCAAGUGGUCAGAAGACCCAGAAGAGCACGACAAUGAAGGUGCUGCAGACGUGAAGGAUACUCUGUCUGUGUCAAGCUUGGAUCAAGCUUAUAGCAAAAAGAAGAGAAAAUCUGUUCGUUGGGGAGACAAGGCAGGAGAUACUGGGUUCUCGAUUAUUGCCGCAAAGAGGUCGAACUCGUCGUCCCUAGUGAUAGGACCAGGGGCUGGGUACAACUUGAAGUCCAACCCGUUACCCAAAGAAGCUAGCACAGCCAGCACGCACAGUCCUAUCGAGCCAAAGAAACAGAGGACAUUCCAAGAGCGGCGUAAGGCGGAGAGGGAGUCGUUCAAAGCUGUCUUCGACAGGAGGCGCACCAAAUUGGUGGCUUCCAGCCCGAUGAAGAUUAGUCAAUAGAUCUCUAGUAGUCCACUAUACCUUAUUAGUUGCUCCCCAGUGCAUAUGGGUUCCCCGCCAACUCUUGUUAUUGAAUCAUCAACCGAUGACCAAGAAGGGUCAGAGCUCAAGGACAGGGAACAGCUGUUCGGAUUAAGGUCGGCGGGCAGCCAUCUUCUCUGCCAUACGAUCACUGCAAGGCACACUGCAGAGAAACAAUCAUCUUAUGAGUUAGAGGGCCUUUUUAUUGAUGUAUCUCUAUUCAGAGAAAACGUUUUUAUCCGUGAAAUGCUCGGUUAACCCGAGCUGAUGUUCGUGAUGACAUUUGAGCCAUAUAAUGUCAGCUCUUGCACUUGCACUGACUCA